AAUAGCAUCACGCUUGAGUACAGGCAAUUGCAUUCUGUUCAGAGUAUCUCUCAAUCCAACCUGCAUCUUAUCAUUGUUGUUGUAUCUUUCUGACGUAGCUCGAAAUCGUUGUCCGGUUGUGGUGAUGGCUACGAAUGGCGCCUUUCAUUCUACAUCCGCAGGCUUCAGGCAGCAUCUCCCAGAUUUGACUAAUCCAAGGUUUCAAAUUGCCAAAGAACAGGAUGCAGAUUCCUAUGCAGAGGCCUUUAUAUCGAAGCAGAAUCCACCGUGGCUCUACAAGCUAACCCAGGCUUGGCAAAGAUUGUAUGAAGAACCAUACAAGGGGAUCACAAGCGAUGGUCAAGUAGUACCGGAUCUAUACUCUAUAGCCGACGAAAACGUUCCUAUCGAGGCUAUCGUAGCAGCAACAAACAGUCUCUUAUCUAAACUCACCCCUGACGAAAAAGCCCGCCUCUCUUACCCCAUCAAUGCCCGCGAAUGGCGCGCCUGGUCUAACCCCGAGAUGCUUCUGCGACCCUUUGGCCUACGCAUGGAAGAGCUGUCCGAACCUGCUACCACAUCCAUUCUCGCAAUCCUUGAGACAACCCUCUCGCCUGCCGGCUACCAGAAAGCUUUAGCGGCCAUGCGAAUCAACCAUUUCCUUGGAGAGCUCGUUCAAUUGCCUAAGAUCAUGAAUCAGUACUCAUAUAAUUUCCUGCUCUUCGGUACACCUUCCACAACGAAGGGCUGGGGGUUUCUGCUAUACGGUCACCAUCUGUGUCUCUCGGUGUACCUUAAAAGAAGACAAAUCUUCAUUGCGCCGACAUUCACAGGCGCAGAGCCGAAUAUAAUCGACGAGGGUCCGUGGAAAGGCACUGCAAUCCUGCAUACAGAGGGAGAUUUGGGGCUAGAGCUCAUGCAGAGUCUAAGCUCCGCGCAGCAGACCAAGGCCCAAACGUACAAGUUGCUCAAGGAUCCGAUGAUGAAGAUGACGGGAGAUUUAUGCUCGGAUCGUUGGAAUAAAGAUGACCAGAGGCAUCUGUGUGGUGCAUUCAGAGACAACAGGGUCGUGCCGUACGAGGGGGUAAAGGUCUCUACCCUAUCACCCGAGCAGCAGAGCAUCGUGCUAGAUAUUGCAGAGCAGUUUCUCUUGUAUCAUCCGGAUGAGUCACGGAAGGCGAAGAAAGAGUUGAUGAAAAAGCAUUUCGACGAUACGUACUUCUCGUGGAUUGGUGGAUAUGGAGACGAGGACGCGUAUUAUUUUAGGUUACAAAGUCCAGUCGUUAUUUUCGAGUUCGACCACCAUAGCGGAGUAUUUCUGAACAACGAGGAGCCGCAGAAGUUCCAUACGCAUACGAUCGUGAGGAUGCCCAAUCAAGGAGACUAUGGAUCGGCCACUAGAGAUAGCGAUGAGAUACUGUAAGCUUUGUAGCCUCAGUGUAAAUAUAUUCCAGUAUGAUGAGGACCACUGUAGGAAAAUAAUUGAAUUGUGUACCCCU